AUGCCCGGCUUGAGGCAGCGCAGCGAUAGCUCCAGUUCCAAAGAUGUUGAUAUGACACAGAAGGCUAUGCUCAACCCAGAUGUCGCCCAUGGUGGAGUUGCAGGCUGGGGUGGUGGUGAUGAUCACAACCGGAGGAUGAGCUAUCAAGCGAGUGUUCUGAUGACCCCGGAAGUGCGCAGUCAACGUUUGAUUGGCAACACAAAUCCGCGAUAUAGAUGGGAGAAGUAUUGGCAGACGGACGACGAUCUCAAAAAGAUCAAGAAGAAGUCGGUCCGAGAAUACUACGAGCGAACGAAUUACCUCGUCCAACACUACAUGUACAUCGACCGACUCCUGGACAGCAGUCUGCCGCACGACCUCAUCCAAGAGUACCAGCACACGUCACCGAACCCCCAACUCACCCCGCAAACGCCGGUCAUGCGUGGUUCUUGGCAAGGCGACUUACCAGAUACGAUUGAUGAGGAAGAGGCUAUUGAGCCGCCAAGGAUAUACACUGAGCGACACGGCUCCUUUGAUAGUAUCCUCGCGAACGGAGCUUUCUAUGCGAAUGGCGAGGCGGAGCCAGAACAGGCACCUCAGAAAGUCAAGAGAACGCCCAAAGAUAUGUACUCGCUCAAAGAUAAGAAGCAUGACAGGAAGCCGAGCCCACACCACGAGAAUGGAGAAGAAGAGCCUCUAUUGAGUAGAUUUGAUACAAGAGGCGACGAGGAAGCGGGUCCAUUGCCUCCUGGCCUUGAUCUGGAGAUGGAAGAGGAGACUUCAUCGCAAUCUCGAAUUGUCACCAUCGCGAUCCUGGUCAACCUUGCCGCAAACACAGCGCUUCUGGUGAUGAAGCUCGUCGUCGUGCUGCUCAGUAACUCAGUCUCCGUACUCGCCUCUCUCGUCGACGCAGCGCUCGACUUCCUGAGUACUGCGAUCGUCGGCAUAACCACCAGACUCAUAUCUCGAACAGACCAAUACGCAUAUCCAAUCGGCCGUCGACGUCUGGAACCUGUCGGUGUCCUGGUCUUCUCCGUGAUCAUGAUAACAGCAUUCAUCCAAGUCCUCUGGCAAGCGCUAAACGAACUCACCAACGGCAAGCACGAAAUCGUCGAACUCGGCCUCCCAGCCAUCAUAAUCAUGGCCAGCACCGUCGUAAUCAAAGGCGCCUGCUGGCUCUGGUGCCGCCUGAUUAAAAACAGCUCCGUCCAAGCCCUAGCCCAAGACGCCAUGACCGACGUCGUCUUCAACACUUUCUCCAUAAUCUUCCCCUUGGUCGGCUACUACGCGCGCAUCUGGUGGCUCGACCCGCUCGGCGGUGUCAUCCUCUCCCUCUACGUCAUCGUCAACUGGUCUCAAACCGCCAACGGCCACAUCGUCAACCUCACCGGCGCCUCGGCGUCCGCGGACGAGCGCAAUAUUUUGCUCUACCUGACGAUGCGCUUCGCCAAGACGAUCAAGAAGAUCCAGGGCUUGCAGGCGUAUCAUUCGGGGGAUAAGUUGAACGUCGAGGUGGAUAUCGUGUUGGAUGAGGGGACGAGUUUAAGGGAUUCGCAUGAUUUGGGGGAGAGCUUGCAGUAUGUUUUGGAGAGUGUGCCGACGGUGGAUCGAGCCUUCGUGCAUAUGGACUAUGCGGAUUAUAACUUGCCUUCGCAUAUGACGCAGGAUUCAUGA